CAUGUACCAGUACAAAAUGGUGACCUCUCCAGCGCUCCUGUCCCAGCUGACUGCGAGGUGGAAAACCCUCUCCUCGGGAACCAGGGCCUUCCUCAAAGUCGGACUGCCGAUGAUCAUCAUGGUGGUGGGAGGGUCAUACGGACUGGAAAGAUUUUCUUCCUUACGAUAUGAUGUACAGUUCAGGAAGAGAAGAAUUGACAAAAACCUAGAAGAGAAGUUUGGGUGGAAGAAAAAGGAAGAGCCAGUCACUCUGGAGAACCAAUUUGAGAAAGUUCAGAAGGAUGUGGACGUGUCUGACUGGGAGAACAUCAGGGGACCACGCCCGUGGGAGGACUCUAAGGAGUUCCAACUGAAGAUGGCAGAACAGAGACAGAGAAGAAAACAGCAGGCAGACACUACUGGUCAAUAACACACGGGUCUAUGUUUUUAUGUACAGAGUAUUAGUUUAUUCUGCACAAUUCUAUUGCCAGUAUACUAACUAGAAGAUUACCUUCUGUAUAGAAUUUUUUAAUUUCUAAUUUGUUCCACUAAACCUACAGAGUAGCUAUGGAGUAUGUAUAUUGGCUGUUGCUAGUAAAUUUGCACAUACAUGUAAUUUGAGUAUAGGUCUCAUAGUAUUGAUAUUGUGCAGUGUAUAGAAUCUAUACAUCGAUUGUUAUCAUUAUUAUUUAGACAGAGAAUGGAGAGUGUACUGAUAGUGUAUAUAAAAAGUACUUGAAACCUACAUGGAUAAGAUUGUGCGUAUAUACAGUUCUGUACAGCUUUGUCAAAUUAAUAAACUGUGUUCAAA